CUCCGUAUGUAUCUGAGCUCAGAACUCCAAAAACAUUCCUCUCUGUUUCUAAGCUCGUCUGAGGUCAAGUUUAGCAACUCUCGCUUGGAGAAGAUUUCCCACUUGCAGCCUUCAGGUGGUAAAAGAGUCAUUGGUUUGUCGGCUCUAUCCCGCCUCUUCUCUCCCCCUCCCUCUCUCCCCCCACACUUGUGACAUCGAUUUCACUUGUCGAUAACUAAGCGUCAACUAACAAUUCUACUCGAGAGCUUUUUUUGUUUCCUUUUCUUUUCUUUCCUCCUCUUCCUUUCUCUUAAUCGUUAGCUAGUACUCUUGCAUUUGCUAUUGUGCUUAAGAUACCCUUGCCACGAUCAUCUUAUAUUCUCGUUGAAAUCGCUUGUACCUACCUACCUCAUCCUCCACCGCAAGCUUUGGGUCCCGCCACUUUUCGUCGAUCUCGACUUCCUCGCCCUAUUUCUUUCACAGCUAGAUGGGAGUCACAUGCAAAGUCUCAAGGUGAUAAAUGAUGCUGACGGAAUGUGAAAAGAUCCUUGGUGAUGGCCUUUUACGGCUUCCUGCCGAGCACAAAUACCGCUAUGGGCCCGCCGCAGAGAAAGCCCUGCUAGAGCUCCUCUUUCGCUCUCUAGCCGGCCACAACGAAGAACGCCUGCGAAUACUAUUCCCGAACGGCCUGCCGACGGGAUCAUGGAGGCUAGCAGAGGCCCAGGGGGCUGUUGAGGGGGCGGAAUAUACUGAGGCUGCGCGGGGCAAACGCUGUGGCCAUAUCUUUCGCGCUGGCGAGGCGACGUAUCGAUGCGUCACUUGUGCGGCGGACGAAACCUGUGUUCUUUGUAGUCGAUGCUUUGAUGCGUCUGACCACACCUCGCACCAGUACCAGAUCUCUCUGUCUCCCGGGAAUUGUGGCUGCUGUGAUUGCGGGGAUGAAGAGGCGUGGAAGGUGCCUCUCUUCUGUGCAAUUCAUACUGACAACGAGGAAAAGAAGGGCAAGGAGCACGCGCAUAGCCAGCUACCGCAGGAUUGGGUGGAUAGUAUUAGGAUGACUGUGUCCCGCGCACUCGACUACUUUUGUGACGUGAUAUCCUGCUCCCCGGAACAGCUACGCUUGCCGAAAACCGAGGAAGGGAUUAGGCAGGAUGAGGAGGCCUCUCGCCUCCAACCUGGCUGGUACGGUGAUGGUGAUCAGCAGGAAGAUGAGCCGGAAUUUGCUCUCGCCCUAUGGAAUGACGAGAAGCAUACUAUUCGAGAUGUCGCCCAUCAAGUCAGUCGAGCUUGUCGGGAACGGGACCGGUUCGGAAACGAGAAGGCACACGAAACCAACGAUAUCGGAAGGAGCGUUGUCAAGUACUCAAAGGAACUCCCGAGACUGCUGGCGGUGUCGAAGAUCAUUGAGCAGAUCAAGGUCACUGUUACGAUUCGAUCUGCACGUGACACGUUCCGAGAGCAGAUGUGUGGGACUAUUGUUGAGUGGUUGGCCGAUAUUGCAGGGUGCAGUAUUCUAGAUGACAAUGAAAUCCUGCGCCAUACGAUUUGCGAGGAGUUGCUAAGCGCUUGGAAACGGGGGAGCGGUGCCUCCAACGCCGAUAUUGGCCUGAAGGGUAUUGACGACCAUGAGCGAAUGGACCACGCGCCAAUUCGUACUGUGAUGCUCCGCGUGUCGCCACAAGGCCAGGUCCUAACCCCAGACGAUGAUGACGACGAUGACGACGAUGCUGAAAACGGCGAGGCUCAACCCACUAAUGGGGAAGAAGCCGGAGAAGAUGAGGAGUACGCUGAAAUUAAUGAUGUGGAUGCUGAUGAUGAAGAUGAUGAGAUGGAAAUCGACCUGAAUAGACUACGUGAAGACGUGGACGACGACGAGGAUAUCUUAAUGGCGAAUACCGAGGACGCCCUGAACAUCGCCCGAGCGAUCUUCAGAUUCUCCAGAUCGUUCCCCGUUCAACCUGAUGAACCGGAGGAGCAGGCCCGGGAAGGCGAGCAAGAGCAAGAGGGAGAGCAAGCUCCGUCGAGUAACGACCCUCCACGGCCUACGGGGAAUGAGACCACAUCCAACGAGACCAACGACACCAACGAUAACAACCCGGGUAUGGUGUACGUCACUGUCCCUAAAACUCCAUCAGGGGUUGUCAAACCCUCUCCUGCAAAGACCCCUAGCCACUGGCAAGUCCGACCCUCGCCUCCAGUGACUGGCGAAAACUUGCCGCCGUAUGAAGACUUGUGGCAACGCACACGCCUCGACUGGAUGAUUCUGUUCGACCUCAGGCUAUGGAAGAAGACGCGUACUGACCUUCGCGACCUUUAUCUUGGGACGGUGGUUAACGUUCCCCAAUUCAAACGAAUUAUGGGCUUGCGCUUGUCUGCUCUGUACACUGCACUAGCGCAGCUUUACCUGAUUGCGGAUAGAGAACCGGAUCACUCGAUCGUUAAUCUAACCUUGCAACUUCUCACUACUCCUUCCAUUACGGAAGAAAUUGUGGUUCGCGGAAACUUCCUCACCAAGGUUAUGGCCAUUCUCUACACAUUCUUGACUACAAGACAAGUGGGUGAGCCAUAUGAGGUAAACCCCAAGGCAACGCUGGCGAUUGAUGCUGGGUCCGUGACCAACCGACGUCUCUAUCAUUUCUUCCUUGAUCUACGGUAUCUACUGCAAGCUCCAUACGUGCAGAAUCGUGUCCGAACGGAAGAGCAGUAUCUUUCGCAGUUCCUGGACCUUGUGAAACUUUCACAGGGCAUUUGUCCCAACGUGCGAGCUGUGGGAGAGCACGUCGAAUACGAGACGGAUGCAUGGAUCAGCGCCUCAAUACUCAUGCGCGAGAUCAACCGCCUUUGUCGUCAAUUCUGUGAAGCUUUCAGACACCCCGAGGCUGACGGAGGACAAAAUUUACUGCGAGCGAUUUCGGUGGCAACCAUUUCUGCAGCAGUCCACUCAGUCGGUCUGGAGCGUGGGCGGUUUGAACAGGCAGAGGUUAAAGAGUAUAUCCGUUUCAAGACGUUGCCUCCCUUUGAUUUCGAGGUCGAUGUGCCUGGCCCGGCUCCUAGAUAUCGCGUGGUCGAUUUUGUGGUGGAAAAGGGCUCAAUGAGUUUCCAUCACGCACUCCACUACACUCUCUCCUGGCUCCUCGAGUGCGGUCGUAACGUUAGCCGGGAGCUCAUGCGUGAUGUUCUCUUUAGCGCCGCCAAAGUGGCCAACGACAAGUUCAUAUUCGAAACCUACUUUGGGCCCGAAGAUAUCUUGCUUUCCAUGUUCGACUAUCCACUUCGAGUGUGCGCCUGGCUGGCACAGAUGAAGGCGGGCAUGUGGGUGCGCAACGGUCUUAGCCUUCGCCAUCAGAUGUCCCAAUACCGAGGAGUAUCGUCUCGCGACUUUGCCUACUAUCGCGAUAUCUUCUUGCUCCAGACAGCGUUGGUGAUUUGUAACCCCAGCAGAGUUCUUGCUUCCAUUGCUGAAAGGUUUGGCAUGGUUGAUUGGAUGACGAGAAACUAUAUGCCACGUGCCGGCUACGAAGAUACGCAGAUACUCGACGUUGCGGAGGAGUUUGUUCAUCUGCUUGUGAUUCUGUUGACUGAUCGCAACUCGCUCACCGGUAAUCAAGACAGCGAGACUGUGAUGCGAGAAAACAUGAGCCGGGAUAUCGCACACGUCCUUUGCUUCAAGCCUCUCUCAUUUUCUGAUUUAUCAACUCGCUUAAGCGAUAAGCUGCUCGAGUCAGACAUGUUCCAGGAUGUCCUAGAGGAAGUUGCAGGAUUUCGACCCCCUGAAGGCUUAAAUGACACGGGUACAUUCGAGCUCAAACCUGAGUACAUUGAUCUUAUCGAUCCGUAUAGUGCCCACUACACCAAGAACCAGCGCGACGAAGCAGAAAAUAUCUUUAAGGAAUGGAUGGCUAAACAAACCGGCAAAAAGGCGAUGGAUAUCGUUUUUGAGCCCAAGCUCCGCCCUAUUGCUUCUGGUGCAUUCUCUGACCUAGCUUGCUUUACCCGGACACUACUAUUUGCUCAAAUUGUACACCAGUGUCUUGACUAUGUGGUGUCCUCCAAAGACCGUACCCCGAACAUCCCAUCCACCCGUGUUGAGACCUUCCUCCAAGUCGUUUUGCAUUUGAUCCUUGCCGCAACGCUUGAAGACGGCACUGGCGAAGACAGAAUUGACGAGGAUUCUCCAAAUUCAUUCGUGUUUAAUGCUUUGACGAAAGCUCGAGCCACCCAGGCUGGUAAUUUGACCAUUAUUGGACUUCUGGAGAAGAUUUCAAUGCUGAAUGAAUUCUCUGCAUGCGGCCCGAAGAUCCGUCAUAUUUUGAAGCGUCUUUGGCAGAAGCAUCCCAGGACUUAUGCCUCUGCUGCUGCUGCGCUCACGUUCCCCUUCGACCGAAUCGACACGAACUCGCCGGCCAUUGAUAUCGAGGGCGAGAAGGAGCUGAAGAAGAAGCAAGCUCUCGAGCGCCAGGCAAGAGUGAUGGCGCAAUUCCAGCAGCAACAGCAGAAUUUCUUGAACAACCAGGGCGCGAUAGACUGGGGCGAGGAAGACUUCAGUGACCUGGAGUCGGAGCCUGAGGCGGCUCCAGAGACUAAACUUUGGAAGUACCCCAGUGGCACCUGUAUUCUCUGUCAAGAGGAGACCAAUGACUCGAGGCUCUUCGGUACCUUCGCCUUGAUCCAGGACAGUGGCAUUCUGAGACAGACUGAUAUCCAGGAUCCGGACUGGAUCAGAGAAGUUCUCAGGACGCCUUCAAGUCUAGAUAAAUCCGCAGAACAUAUACGUCCAUUUGGGGUUGCAGGUGAGAACCACACCAUGGUAAAGCGGCUGGAUUCCACGGGAGGAGAAGUUACUGGUGAAAAGAUUGGCUUGAGUAAAGGCUUCAACGCGAAGAAUACCGUUCGUGGUCCUGUGACGACAGGUUGUGGGCAUAUCAUGCACUACUCGUGUUUCGAGGUUUAUUUCACUGCCACGCAGCGGCGUCAUACUCAGCAAAUCGCCAGAAACCAUCCGGAACGUCUAUCGUAUAAAGAAUUCGUCUGCCCUCUCUGUAAGGCAUUGGGUAACGCGUUCCUCCCAAUCACCUGGAAAGGCAAGGAGGAGUCGUAUCCAGGUCUAUUGAACACUAAAUCGACCUUUGAGGAUUUUGUAAAUGUCGAAGUCCAGUCUGUUCUGUCUCACAAACUCAAUUAUGCACUUCUUGGGGACAAUAGCGAGCUACAGGCACAGGCAUACCAAGGCCUAUUCCAGGAUUACCUGUCCAAGAGCUUGGUGCCUCCUCUUGCAACCAAGGUGGAUCAGCUGAUGUCGUCUUCGCUUCCAUCAACUGCGCAUUACAUCCCGCCAGCUAGAAUGCCUAUGCCUGGUCUUUUCCCGGCUCAGGAGGAUCCUCCCGCCACAAGUCCUCUCCAGCAAGUCUCUAGCCCAAGCGACAGCCCUAUGUCUGAACUUCUGCAGAUCUACAAACGACUGAAGAAAACUCUCCGACUGAAUCAUAUCUAUUCCACUUUCAGCCAUCCACCUGAUACUCUGACUAAUGACGAUCUUGUCCAUACGGACUCGCUGUUCCAGACCUUUGGUUUCAGCAUUGCUGCAACUGAGAUCGCACAGCGCGGAGUUGAAUCCGAUCCCGGCACAACCCUGCUGGACAAGAUUCCUCAACUGACCUUGACCCAUCUCCGCGUACUCGCCGAAACAGCCCUGUCUUAUGCCGCAGUUGGAGGCCUGUACAGCAGCGGCGGUAGCCCAAGUCGGUCUGUCGAUGAAUACCACGAAAUGCAUGUCCAGAAGAUAUGCCAGCUUUUCGUAGGUCAUCCUUGCUUGGGAGGCACUGCUCUCCUCAACAACAUGCGCGAGAUUGAGCCACUACUUGCCAAAGAUACGUUUGUCUUCUUAGCUGAAUGCUCGCUCUCGCUCUUACCCGUUCUCAACAUCGAUAUUCGCCAUCUAGUCCAGAUGUGCUACGUGGCUGAAAUAGUCAAGGUUACCACCACAUACAUUCUUUCGCCUAUUGGGCUUAAGGAAGAGCUAGCUCAGCACGGCGAUGCACACUACUUAUUGGAAAUGGAAUUAUCAGACGAGCGGUUCGAAGCUACCCGACAGCUCUUCAACACCGUUGUCGCAGAGCUCAAGGCCAAUUCAGUUGGACGCGCGGCGGGGUCGUCUUCCCCUGCCGAGAGUGGCUACGUCAAGGACGGGGAGGACUCUGCCACCCCGGGCGUGAUAAUCGCCCUGCGUCGUUUGGUCUCUAGCUACGCCUUGACCUUCCUGCGUAAGGUGGUCAUUCUUCUUCAUGUCCAACAUGGCGUGGAGUUCCCCAGCACCGGUUUCAGCGAUGUCGGGGUUUCCGAGCUAGACCGUCUAACCAAGACCCUGCAUAUGCCCUCUCUUGACGAUAUCUUCUCCUCGAUUAAACCUGCCCGUAAGACCGGCGACCCCUUCGAUGGUAUUAUCUCUGGGUGGAUCUUCCACUGGAACGCCUCCCGCUCGGGCAUCCGCAUCGGAGACAACAAAUUCUGGCCUAGCCUUGCUCAUCCAGCAAUCUUCGAGUUAGUCGGCCUGCCAAAAUACUUUGACAGCCUAAUUGAGGAAGCGAACCGACGUCGCUGCCCUAACUCGAAGAAAGAGCUCAGCGACCCGAGCAUAUGUCUUUUCUGCGGGGAUAUUUUCUGCUCACAGGCGGUUUGUUGCAUGGAGAACAAACUAGGUGGCUGUAGCCAGCAUCUUCAAAAAUGUGGCAAAAACAUUGGCCUCUUCAUUAACAUCCGUAAAUGCACCGUCCUUUACCUCCACAACCAGAGCGGAUCAUGGCACUUUGCUCCGUACCUCGACCGACACGGCGAAGUCGACCCAGGCCUCCGACGGAACCGGCAACUAAUUCUCAAUCAGAAACGAUAUGACAGACUUCUUCGCGAUGUGUGGCUGUCCCAUGGUGUUCCCGCAACUAUCAGCCGUAGACUGGAGGCUGAGAUUAACAACGGAGGCUGGGAGACUAUCUGAGCGAAGCCUUAGAUAUAUGAUGAUUCCUUUUCUUGUACCUUUCGUGGCACUGACUUUAGAACUUGGCCUGCGCUACAGAUUUAUUGAUUUGUCCUGAUGACCAGUGUCCAAAAGCCGGUUUGUGUUAUGUUUUAUUCGCUCCAUUAGUUUGCGGUUGAUGCUGUAUUGGAUGUCUAUAUUAAAUAAAAUGGCACCUCUUUGGUUUUAU